AAAUAUAGAUUGGGAUCCACUCCGAAACCCCCUGGUUGUUCCGGAAAUGCUGUCCGCUCCAAGUCCCAGUCGCAGGUCAGGUCCAAGUGUGUGAAAGCUCGCUCAAGUGGGAACACUAAACUUAACCUGUACAGUAGUAUUCUGUUGUACGCGCAAAACCAUGGCAAUUAGCGACCUCUCUUUAUAAUAGAUUUUCUGCCAUCCCACCAAACCAAGAAGAAAUUCAAGAAUCUGUUUUAGGAUUGGAAGAUGAGGCUUUGAUUGAUUUCGUAGAUCAAGGAGGAAAGUGGAAUGGGUUGUUUUUCGUGCUUCGAUUCGCGGGAGGACGAGAAGCUGAAUCCCAAUCCUCAGCAGGAAAACCACCAGCAUGAACAUGAACAUGAACAUGAUCUUAAGCCCCCUGUUCCUUCUCGUAUAUCCAGAUUGCCGCCCUCUGCCUCUGCCUCUGCCUCUGCCUCUGCAGUAGGAGCAGACAAGCUACGCUCAACAACAAGUAAUGGUAAUGGAGAGUCCACUGCUGUUCAAAUUGCGGCUCAAACAUUCAGUUUCCGUGAGCUUGCAGCCGCAACGAAAAACUUCAGGCCCCAAUCCUUUUUGGGUGAAGGUGGUUUUGGAAGGGUCUACAAGGGCCGCCUGGAAACCACCGGUCAGGUUGUGGCUGUUAAACAGUUAGACAGAAACGGUCUUCAGGGUAAUCGGGAAUUCCUCGUCGAGGUUCUCAUGCUCAGUCUUCUACACCACCCUAAUCUUGUCAAUCUCAUUGGAUACUGUGCCGAUGGGGACCAACGCCUCUUAGUUUAUGAAUUUAUGCCUUUUGGAUCUUUGGAGGACCACCUUCAUGAUCUUCCCCCGGACAAGGAACCAUUAGAUUGGAACACCAGGAUGAAAAUAGCUGCUGGGGCAGCAAAAGGAUUGGAAUACCUUCACGACAAAGCAAACCCUCCUGUCAUUUAUAGAGACUUCAAAUCAUCUAAUAUAUUACUUGAUGAAGGUUAUCAUCCAAAGCUUUCAGACUUUGGUCUUGCAAAGCUUGGUCCAGUUGGUGACAAAUCACACGUUUCAACCCGUGUCAUGGGAACUUAUGGUUACUGUGCCCCAGAAUAUGCUAUGACUGGACAGCUGACUGUGAAGUCUGAUGUAUAUAGUUUUGGGGUAGUCUUCUUGGAGCUGAUUACUGGCCGUAAAGCCAUUGACAGCACUCGACCCCAUGGAGAACAAAACCUUGUCACAUGGGCACGUCCACUGUUCAGUGACCGCAGGAAGUUUCCAAAGUUAGCAGAUCCACAGCUGCAGGGACGGUAUCCCAUGCGGGGUCUUUACCAAGCUCUAGCUGUGGCAUCAAUGUGCAUUCAAGAACAGGCUGCAGCACGUCCACUCAUUGGGGAUGUGGUGACAGCCCUUUCUUUUCUGGCCAACCAGGCAUAUGACCAUAGGGGAGCUGGUGAUGAUAAAAAGAACAGGGAUGAUAAAGGUGGAAGAAUAUUGAAAAAUGAUGUAGGUGGAGGAUCUGGACGCAGAUGGGAUUUGGAAGGAUCUGAGAAAGAUGACUCCCCACGUGAAACUGCAAGGAUGUUAAACAACAGGGAUCUUGAUAGAGAACGUGCCGUGGCUGAAGCCAAGAUAUGGGGAGAGAAUUGGAGAGAAAAAAGACGACAAAGUGCGCAGGGCAGUUUUGAUGGUUCUAACGCUUAGUCUCGAUUGUACAAUUCCCAUACGCGUCUUCUGUAUCUCAGCUGUGCCCCAGGUGGAGCUUUUUGGGAGCUCAUCUUUCAUAAAGCUGGUGUAGGACAAGUCUGAAAGGCCGUUUUGGCCAUUUACUAGGUUCUGUUUUGUUUAGAAUUUGUCUUGUGGCCAUUUCUUGCAGUGGCUGCAACCAAACAUAAUGAACCGGGUACCAAAAUCUUUUCUACAUCAGCCUUUUAUGCACUUAGUUUUCUUUUAUUUAUUUUCAUUUACAGAGUGUACACAAGCAUAUUGGAGUUGGAGAGUGUACAUUAUUUGCUAGAACUAGGAGGUCAAGGUUAUGAGGACCGACGCUUUCUGAAAAUGCUGCAAGGACAAAAAUGCUUGUUCCAACUAAUUUAGGUUUUUUUUUUUUUUAGCUAAAAUACGA